AUGCUCGAGAAACACAAUUUAAAUGACUUCGAUAAUUUAAAUGCAUUUGUUUUCAAGCAACUUAAUGAAAAAUCAACUGUAGAUUAUUCCUACUUCGACGAAUGUGAUCUGCAUGAUGCUUUCGAUGAAAGCAUUACUGCAAAUACUGAUUCAACUGAUUACCAUUUAGUAGCUUCUAAAGAUACAUACCAAGAAAUGAGAAUUUUCGAUCAAAUCGAUCCAUCAAAAAAGUCUCAUUAUUUUAAAGUGAAAAUCAGCGAUAAAAUAAAAUUUAUGCACAAGCAAACAGCAGCACNGUGUGGUGAUGACAAUCAAUUAAUUCACAUCACAUCGAAAUCAGUUAAACAACUGCCAUCGAUGUUGGUCAUUCGUCAUGGCUAUGACUGCUAUAAAAUGCGUCCAUGGUUAGUUAAUUCAAUAACAAUUUUGGAUGAAUUACAAAAAUGGAUGAGUCGUUUACCAUCUUCAGAUUUUGUUCUUGACCAAGUAGAAGAAAGUUCAAUCACGCAGACAACAUGA